AUGCAUAUGCUGAAAUGCUCUUUGUUCUUCCUGCUGGGCACUACUUUAGGGUAUGCCUUUAUAUUCUCUUCGCUGAAAGAGAAAGCCAAAGAACCUGUGGGUGAUUUGCCUUGCGGAGGAGGCCACUUUCGGAUGAGGCAGAAUCUGUCCGACCAGGCCAAAGGCUGGCUUGGGAAUAAAUGGAUCUGGCUGCUUUUUGUUGGACUACUCUAUGCUAUAGUAAGAUUCCGAGGGGAAGGUGUCAAAAAUAAGGUGUCAGAAGAGGAUAAAGACCUAAACAGCGGAGGCUCUCCAUACCGCUCCCUACAAAAGAAAAAUCAGAAUGCUGCCCCUAACAAAGACUAUGCACUGAAUACCUUAACCCAACUGGAGAUGGAUCUGGUGACAUUUGUGUCUAAAGUGCGAAGUCUCAAAGUCGCCAUGGCAACUGGUAGUUCCCUCAAACUCCCAGACUCAGAAGUCCCUUCAGAUCCACACAACAAUAUUACAAUAUAUGAGAUAUGGGGAGAAGAUGACUCUGACUAGAUUGGUUUGGAUGUCAAAGUAGGAGAAGGAAAAAAAGUCGAAUGAUUGACAGACACUAUGCAAACUAAUAAACUAUU